UUCUUCCAUUUACCAGUAAAAAAAAAGAAAAAAAGCAACUCUCCAGAAAUCCUAACUGAGGCACAGGACACCAUCAAGGUGAGGGAAAUGAAGAGCCCGCUCUUUGACUUGCUUUUUUUUUUUUUGGAUAAGUUGUCCUUGUUUGUUAACUUUAAACCAUUUGGCAUAGAGGAGGUUCAGGGACAGACGAAAAAUUACGAUGAUCACUUUUUUAAAAGAGGCGACCUGUUGGAGGUCCCGAGGACGCUGUUUGUUCAUUUUGGAAUCUAUUUAGGGAAUAACAAAGUGGCCCAUUUGAUGCCGGAUAUUCUUCCAGCUCUGUCAGACGACCAAUGUUUAAUAAGGAGAGUAGUAACAAAUAAAAGACUUAUCAUGGGCGUUCUGGCCAAGAUAGCCAGCAUUAGAGUGGACUCUGUGCAGGAUUUUGCCUAUGGAGGAAAUAUCUUAGUAAACCACAUGGACAGAAGCUUCAACACAAAACCUCUGACUAAUGAAGAAGUGGCUCAGAGGGCAGAGAAACUGGUUGGCGCUACACCUUACAGCCUCCUGUGGAACAACUGUGAGCACUUUGUCACUUACUGCAGAUAUGGCAUGCCUGUCAGCUUUCAGACCGACAAGUUCUGUGAAACACUAAAGAGGAUUAUCCGUGACCAGAGAAGUGUAUUUGUCUCUGCGGCCUCGGGACUGCUGCUAAUACUCUGCAUCGGCUUGGAACCUUACAUCACCUUUCCCAGUCUCCUCAUUACCUUCAUACUGUGGAUGGCAAGCUAGAGAAGAAGACCAAGCACGGCCAACUUUGUGUGUGUAAAUAUGUAAGAUAAAAUAUUUAUGGGGGAUGCAGAAAGUCAGAAAGUUCAAAACAUCACAAUCCAUUUUUUUUUUUUUUUACAUUUUCUGGCUUUAUUAUUAGUCAGGGUUUUUCAUCAUAUACUAAGAAAGAAGACAUGAUGUAAAAGUACUAUAAACUAUAUAUAUAUAUAAAAAUAAUUAAGCACAUAUAUUAC